UUCUUUAUUGACCCUGUUUGUUUUGUGGCGAACAAAUUAACGACCUUUUACCCCCAAAUCCAAUCUCUGAUCUCAAUCAAACUCCACACACACAUUAAAUCAAAAUCUCAAAAAUGCCGCCGAUGGAUCAAGCCGAGCUCAAUUCCGAUCAGGUUUUGAGGAGGGAUAUCCCAUGGGAGACCUACAUGAACACUAAGUUAAUCACCACAACUGCUUUUCAGCGUCUAAGGCGUUACGACAAAAAGUCCGAAAUUGACCGCACACCCUUGUUAGAGAAUGAUGGUCCAUCUUACAUCCGUGUAUUUAUUAGCAUCUUGCGUGACAUACAGAAAGAGGAUACAGUCGAAUAUGUUUUGGCUUUAAUUGAUGAUAUGCUUACAGCAAAUCCCAAAAGAGCAAAGUUGUUUCAUGACAAGUCUCUCGCAGAUGAAGAUAUCUAUGAACCUUUCCUGAGAUUGCUAUGGAAAGGUAGCUGGUUCAUACAGGAGAAGAGCUCUAAGAUACUUACAUUGGUCGUGAGUGCUAGGUCCAAGCAGAAUGGCCUGACUUUAAAUGGGGAUUCAAAGAAGAAAAUCACCUCAAGUGAUGACGUUUUGAAAGGAUUAGUGGAAUGGUUUUGUCUUCAGCUUAAAAAGCCUUCCCACCCCAGUCGUAGUAUUCCAGCUUCGGUCAACAGCCUAGCAACAUUGUUGAAGGAACCUGUUGUUAGGUCAUCAUUUGUUCAAGCAGAUGGAGUUAAGCUGCUUGUGCCUCUCAUUGCUCCCGCAUCCACUCAGCAGUCGAUUCAGCUUCUCUAUGAAACAUGCCUCUGUGUUUGGCUAUUGUCCUACUAUGAACCUGCAAUUGAGUACUUGGCUACAUCUAGAGCCCUGCCACGGUUGUUGGAGGUCGUCAAAGGUUCAACCAAAGAAAAGGUUGUGAGAUUGAUAGUGUUGACUUUCAAAAACUUGCUUUCGAAGGGGAGUUUUGGAGCUCAGAUGGUAGAUCUUGGACUUCCACAUAUUGUUCAAAGUUUAAAAGCACAAGCAUGGAGUGACGAGGACCUCUUGGAUGCUUUAAAUCAUCUAGAAGAAGGGCUGAAAGAUAACAUCAAGAAAUUGAGUUCUUUUGACAAGUAUAAACAGGAAGUCCUUCUUGGUCAUCUUGAUUGGUCUCCAAUGCAUAAAGAUGCUAUAUUCUGGAGAGAUAAUAUUACAAACUUUGAAGAGAACGAUUUCCAGACUCUACGAGUCCUGCUUACGAUAUUGGAAACAUCAAGUGAUCCAAGGGCAUUGGCCGUUGCUUGCUUUGAUCUGUCCCAGUUUAUUCAAUACCAUCCUGCAGGCCGGGUCAUAGUCACCGACCUCAAAGCAAAGGAGCGAGUCAUGAAACUAAUGAAUCAUGAGAAUGCCGAGGUUACCAAAAACGCCUUACUCUGUAUCCAAAGGCUUUUCCUUGGUGCCAAGUAUGCAAGCUUUUUGCAGGUGUAAUAUAUGUUGCUAAAGGAGAACUUUUGGAUCGGAUCUUAAUACAAAGUGUAUGCUUCCCUUGGGACCCCCUCUGUUAAGCCUGUUUUUAUUUGUUUAAUGGUUUCUUUUUUUGAAUAAAAGUUGAUGUCUGUAUUUUUUAUGCUGUUCAAGGAUGGUUUAUUAAAAUAAUAAGAAAGUUGAGAGCUAUUCAUAUUUA